UGGACACUUGGUCAGAGUAGAGGACAAAAUGGCUGAGGCACAGCCAGCUGUGGCGGAUGGCAAUCAGAAGCUGUUUCCCUGUGAAGUCUGUGGGAGAUGCUUUGCAGCAGAUGUCCUGGAAAGACACGGACCAAUAUGUAAAAAACUAUUCAACAAAAAACGCAAACCCUUCAAUUCCUUGAAGCAAAGAUUACAGGGAACUGACAUUCCCACUGUGAUUAAGCCUCCUCAGUCCAAGGUUCAACCCGUGAGGAAAUCUAACUGGAGACAACAGCAUGAGGACUUCAUCAAUGCGAUUCGGUCAGCAAAAGAGUGCGCUCUAGCCAUUAAGGAGGGCAGGCCCCUGCCCCCUCCACCCCCUCCAACCAUCAACCCAGAUUAUAUUCAAUGCCCAUAUUGUAUGAGGAGGUUUAAUGAGACUGCUGCCCAGCGACACAUUAAUUUCUGCAAAGAUCAGUCUUCCCGACGCGUAUUCGAUCCAGCCCAAACAGCAGCUAGGCUGGCAUCCAGAGCUCAGGGUAAGGCCCAGGCAAGUCCCAGAAAACAGCCUACUGUUACAAGUGCUGUGGGAACACUGCUGCAGAGCAAGGCUGUGGAGACCAAGAAUGACGUCGCCGCCAGUUCAAGGUUGCAUCACUGUGACCAAGCAUGAAGUGCGGUUUGGUUACUGCAGCAGGAAUCCACAGCUAUUGCCCUUUAGUCUGCUAGAACCGAGAAGGCUGAGACUGGACACCCACAUGUCAGGUGUACAAAUGAACAGUUUCUUCACAGUGGCAGCAGGUAUAGCCAUCAUUACCGUGCUGGCCUUGUGUCUCCCAGUGAUCCUCUACACAGUGUACUCUGCCGCUGUACUCUGAACGCUGGCUGUGCAUCUCCUUCCUCUGGGUAUGAGAGUCCCCGUGUGUCGUCGUCGUCCCCCCCCCCCCCCAGCCGGCUCUAGUCUUCCACUAGCCUUCCGCUAUGGCUGGUAACCAGCAGGUUGGAUUAGCGAUCUACUGUACUCU